AGUUUCAAACCCUAAACUAUUCUUCUUAUUCUCUCUCUUCCCCCUCAAACCUCUCAGAUCCUCUCUACCGGAGAACCCUAGCGCCACCUUCAUGCUCCGAUUCCCGCUGCAACAGGCAUCAUCUUCCAAAAUUAAACCGAUCAAAGUGUCUCUCAUCAUCUCUACUUUAAAACCCCUCGAUCAAUUUUUGAUUCUGUCAUGGAGGAACAAUUCAUACUUAGAGUUCCGCCUAACGUUGCGGAGCAGAUAGAGCGUCUUCUUAACGAAAGCAAUCCUUCUUCGUCGUCCGAGGACAAGUCGCUAGAUUUGCAAUUUACCGAGGAUGGAAGAAGCGGCGAGUUUGUUAUUGGGGAUGACCACUUCCCAGCUUAUCUACUUGACCUUCCUUCUGUUGUUGAAUCAUACAAGACUUACGACGAUAACUCUUUGGUUAAGACCGCCGAUAUUAGUCAGAUGGUUAUGGUGAGUGAAUCCGGUGACGCUGCUCCAGAUGUAAUUGAGUGUAGACAUGGCCUCACCCCUCCCAUGAGAGACGCACGCAAAACUUUGAUCUUCUACUCUUCCUCUCUUCCUCUCUUUUCAUCUACUUUUUUGGAUUCAAUUUUGGUUUUUAUGGUUAGGUUAUAAUCUAAUUGGAUUUUUUGUUUGAUAGGAAUCAAAGAAGAGGAAUUGAAGCGUGUAUAGAAUUGAGAUACUUCUUCAUUGUUCCUGCAAACGCAAGAGGCUAUUCCAAAUAUUGGUUUGUCUCUCUCAUUUGAUUGGUAGAAAUAAAGAUUAAGAUGAACAUAGCUUUUGAAGAUCCUGCACUGCAGGUGACUUUACUCUUGGAAAGCUGGAAUUGGAUUUCAAGAGAUUAUGGGAGGAGUUUAUAGCAUAUCUUCAUUGAAAAAUCAAAUAAACCAGCUGAUUUUGUGUUUGUUAGAUAUUCACGAAAUGAAAAAGGGUUUAAUAGAGGUUGAUAAUGCAAUAUAACUGUUUUCACUGUGUGUAUAUACAUAUCUAAUAUUGUAUUGAAUGCUGCAAGCAAGAGUUUGAUUCGUAUAGUCUGGUGUCAAUCAUCCCCUUAAAGUAAAAUUGUUUUUCUGA